AUGGCCGACCUAAAGCAGAUCAAAGCCAAUUGCCGAAAGGUAAUUUGUAUCGGCCGCAACUACGCCGACCACGUCAAAGAACUCAACAACCAACGCCCCAAACAACCCUUCUUCUUCCUCAAACCCCCCUCCUCAAUCCUGCUCCCUCACGAAGGCCCAAUCCUACGCCCCGCCGGCGUCAACCUGCACUUCGAAGUCGAGCUCGGCCUGGUCAUCGGCAAAACCCUCCGCGACCUCGACGAAAACGACUCAACGCGCUGGCUCGACGCCAUAGAAAGCUACCUCCUGGCCAUCGACAUGACAGCCCGCAACGUGCAGGAAGAAGCCAAAAAACGCGGUCUCCCCUGGUCCAUAGCCAAAGGUUUCGACACCUUCCUCCCCCUCGCCGGACCGAUUGACAAGAGCAAGAUCGCAGAUCCUCACGAUGUGGAGUUGUGGUUGAGUGUGAAUGGGGAGGUGAAGCAGAGGGAUAGUACGGAAUUGAUGCUGUUUAGGAUUGGGAGGCAGUUGGCGGAUAUUUCGAAGGUUAUGACGUUGGAGGAGGGCGAUGUUGUUUUGACGGGGACGCCGAAGGGGGUGGGGACGGUGGUUACCGGGGAUGUUAUUGAGGCAGGGUUGAGGAUUGGUAGGGAGGAGGUUGAGGAGGCGAGGAUAAAGGUCGAGGUUAGGGAUCGGGAGGGGCCGUAUUUGUUUACGGAGACGUAUUAG